AUUAAUACUUUGAAUCACCUAUUAUCGCUCCAACAGAGGUUUCAAAAUGGCCUUGUCUAACUACGCCAGAAGGAUGGCUAAAUUAAGCUCUAGAAUAUUCAGCGAAGCAUCGGUACCGGUAAACAUGAAAAAGAAUGCAGAUGUUGUCAAUACAUUUCAAGCUCAACCACACAAUCAUAAUAGAGCCAUAACUGAUUAUUACCCAAGACACGUGGAAAUUACUUCCUUAUUUAAAAAACUCAGAUUUCUUGGAUUAUACAGAGAUGAACAUCAAGAUUUCGCAGACGAAAUGAAAAGAUUAAGAGCACUUAGAGGAAAAGUAAAGCCAAAGAAAGGAGAAGGAAAGCGAGCUGUAAAAAGAAAAGUUGGUUGA